AUGAAGAAUUUGCCACAGCCCGUCGCCCCGGCCAUGAUACCGUACAACCAGCGCCUAGAGCAACGACCCGCACGAGAGCUCAAGUUCGCCCCGGUUCUGUCGAGUCAACCCGUCAACCCGAGUUCGCCCCGCUGGAUGUGCCCGUCAGCACAUCUCGCCCAAGUGUGGUUGAGUCGACCCGUCAACCCGAAUCUGCCUCAUGUCUCUCGCACCGAAGUGGUUGUCGAUCCCGUUAGUGGCAGUCGUCAUCAGGCCGAGGGUAGCCGCCCGUCUUCUUUGGCCAGCUCAAGGUCUUCGGUUGCCGCCAGCAUUUCGUCUUCUCAUCGUUCGCGGAGCUCUUCCCUUUCGGCUCUGACUAGAGAACGCCUUGCUGCCGAACUCGACCUUGAACUGGCCCGCAAGCGGCGAGAAGAAGAAAAGAAUGAAAAUGACCUUCUGAACGAGCUAGCCCGUCAGUUACGUGAGGAGAAGAUUCGUAUCGGGGCCAAACGAAAGGAACGGAAAAUCGAGGAAGAAAUCGCACGUCUUCGUAUGAACGAGAAGUUGUCAAAGAGGUCUGUUCGUUCGCCUUCGCCGACCUCCUUGAGUUCUUUCAGUGAACCAGAUGACGAUAUCCAUAUUCCGUUGCCGAAGAGUAAGCCUCGCGACAAAGUGCUGCUUCCCACCGGGCCAUCCGACAAGAGCGCAGAUAGCUGGAUCGACGAUCUGGGACAGAAACCGACGGUCUUACCCGCUGCAGCGCUCAUGCCUUGGAUGUUUGGAGGUUCGGCCCCGUUCACGUGUAGGACACCGUUUGAUGGCGACCCUCGAGAUUGGCUUCUCUUUGCCUCAAGAUUUCGAGCCCUCGUCCACGACGUCAUUCCGAACGAUGCCCAGCGUUGGCCAUUCGAGUGGGUUGGCUCUAGCGUUUUUCGCCGCAUCUCCCCAUUGUUAAAGGCUCCUCGUGGGUACACUGCAGUUCUUGCCUAUCUUAAGAAGCACUACGGUUCGAGCGAGCAGAUCGCUCGCUGUCAAAUACACGAUCUUCUUAGUCUUCCCUUCGUCAAGCCGGGUGAUCGCCAGGCGCUUGAAAGUUUUUCUGAUCAGCUGCACGGAGCUGUUGUGGUGUUGGAACAAGAGGGAUUGGAGCACGAUCUUAAGAGUGCUGCUAAUCUUGAUCAGGCAGUACAGAAGCUGCCACCUGUCUUUCGCCAUCGCUGGGCCCGUUACGCACGUAAGCGUUUACCGAAAGGUGUCGACCUUAGCGACUUGGAUCGGUUCAUGGAAGAGGUCGUGGAAGAGGAGCGGAUGGCUCGUUCGGCAUUCGAGUUGGCGCCUAAGAUUGAUCUUCGUGAAAAGCGUGUUACGUUUCCCAAGCCAGCCGUUGAAAAGCACCCUUCAAGCAGAUCUGCAAUUCUGAAACCGCCACCCGUUCGGCCACCCCCUACCAUCUUAGCAACCCAAGUAGCGAAAGACGUAGAUGUCGAGUGUCCAGGCUGCGGCGGCGCUCAUCGACUUGUUUCUUUCCCCGAAUUACAGAGGAAGUCACCGAGUGAACGAGCGCUGGUGGCGAAGGAGAAAGGCGUAUAUUUCAACUGCCUUGGAGGAAAGCACCGCAGUGCGGAUUGUCGUUCAAAACCCGCUUGUGAAUCCACCGGAUGCCGUGCACGUCAUCAUUCGCUGUUGCAUGGUGCGGAGAGAGUUUUUCCUGAGAAAAGCACACCUCGUCAGUUCCCGUCUUCCGUCGGAGGCCAAGAAUGUUUUCAAGGACCUCAAACACUCGCCAUUGCUCCCCGCCUGACAUCUGAUGUUCUCUUGGCCGUGGUUCCUGUCCGACUUCGUGCGGGUUGCCGGACUCUUGACGUUUUCGCCCUGCUCGACACCGGGAGCCAAGCUACCCUUUUGCGUGAAGACGCGGCUAAUGCACUUGGUCUUACGGGCCAGCCACGCAAAAUUCGUUUUGGAACCUUCCAUGGGAAAGAUCCGGUCGUCGAGACUCGCCUUGUGGGCUUCUCCAUAAAAGAUGUUCUCGCUUCGUUCGAUUAUCUUUGCGACCUCAACUUUCCUGCUCGAGACGCUGGUGAAGUCCAGAUUUUGAUCGGGAUGGACGUUCAAGACGCCCAUCUAAACAUCGAGGUUCGUCGCCCUCCAACUGGAGUUCGGGGCCCUAAUGCUGUGCUCACCCCAUUUGGCUGGUGCGUUGUUGGAAGGACCCAUCCAUUACCGGCAGUGGAAGAUCCAAGCAUAAAUUUUGUUAAGCUGGGAACGAUCGAGCAGCUGGAAGAGUGCGUCGAAAGGUUUUGGAAAACCCAAUCUCUCCCAGUUCGUGAGGCCCCCAGUACAUUUAUGUCGUCGUCAGACCGUGCCGCAAUGGACCAACUCGAAUCAACCAUUCGGCACACUGGAACGCGUUACGAAGUAGGCUUGCCUGUUCGCCCGCAUUGCCCGAAGUUGCCGGACAACAAAGAGUUAGCACGUCGCAAGUUCCUCGCACUGGAGAGGAGACUUCUUUUACACAACGACCUUCGCCAAGCAGUUACGGCGCAGAUGAAGGAGGUGUUUUGCAGCGGCCACGCAGUGAAAGUCACUUCUACAGCUCCCGGUUCCAAGGUGUGGUUCCUACCUUAUCAUCCGGUUCGACAUCCAACGAAGCCCAGCAAGAUUCGUCUCGUUUACGACGCUGCUGCCCGGUUUAAAGGAACCGCGAUCAACGACAUCCUGCUGAAAGGUCCGGAUCUCACCACGCAGUUAUUGGCCGUGCUGCUUCGGUUCCAUUGCACAAGGUUUCGUUUUUUGUGGCGCGAGCCUGGAACCGAAGAUCCUAUCCAGGAAUUCAAGAUGACGGUGCACAUUUUCGGUGCUGUCUCAUCGCCAAUUGUUUGCAGCUUUGCCCUUCAGCGCCUCGAAAAGGAUGCGCCCGAACACCUGAAGGAAGUCGCGAGUCGUAUUCGUUCCAGCUUUUAUGUGGACAACCUGUUGUCGUCGUUCGACGAAGUGGAUGAAGGCGUUUCCAUCAGUCAGAAGCUGGUUGAACUACUCAAGCUCGGUGGUUUCGACCUCGUCCAGUUUCUGAGCUCUUCGCGUUCGUUUUUGGACCAACUUCCGUCUUCCUCUCGUCUGGUUCCCGAGCUCGAUCUAGAUUUCGACGAUUUGCCCACCGAGCGCACGUUGGGGUAUCUGUGGAGUUGUGAGCGAGACGAGUUCGUUUUUCGUUUUAAGAAGACAGAAGAGGCCUUUUCAAAACCCUCGAUUCUUUCUGCAAUUUCGAGCAUCUAUGAUCCCCUUGGUCUCCUAGCACCCGUCGUUUUGGUGGCGAAAAUCAUCCUUCAGGACAUCUGGCGACUCAAAGGUGGCUGGGAUGAGAUUCUGCCCGCCGAUAUUCUGAAUCGUUGGGGGCGCUUUGUGGAACAUCUGCUGAUGCUCGAACUGCUGAACAUUCCGAGAAACGGUUUCGGUGUUGUAAUUUAUCUUCGAGCUGAAACCUCUGGCGAGGUCGAAGUCUCUUUCGUAAUGGCAAAAGUAAGAGUUGCUCCCAUCCAUCAGUUUUCGAUUCCGAAGAUGGAGCUUCAAGGUGCUUUGCUAGCAGUCAGGUUAGCAAACUAUCUGUUGGAGGAGCUGACUCUGCCCCUAUCGAAUGUGUUUUUCUGGGUUGAUGCGAUGACUGUUGUUCGGUGGAUCCACGCCAGCCAUCGUCGUUACAACGUGUUCGUCGCAAACAGAAUAGCUGAGAUCCUGGAUUCAAUGACCCCUUCGCAAUGGAGACAUGUUCCUGGUGUACUUAACCCAGCAGACGAAUGCAGUCGUGGUCUCUGUCCGUCCGAGCUCGAUCCAAAUCAUCGCUGGUACCGUGGACCUGAGUUUCUAGUUUUGCCACCCGAGCAAUGGCCGGCCCAGAUUCCAGCUACUGAAUUGAUCGACCACGAAGACGAAUUCGUUCGCAACAUCCAGAUCCUCGUUCAUCGGAGACGUGCCAGAGAAAGGUCUAUUCUGGAUGGCAAUCAUGAAGAAGCAGCGACCGGACAAAGUGAGCAGUUGAAAACGGGCCGGCAGCAGAGUGCGGACGAGCUGAAGUCAGCCCGUCGCCUUUUAAUUCGUGUUUCGCAGCGCAACUCCUUCCCUGACGAUUUAAGCAGUUUGCGGAAGGUGAAGUCCGUUCGCCCGGAGUCUCGGUUGCUGAAACUGGCCGUUUAUCUAGAUGACGCCGGAAUCAUUCGUGUUGGUGGCCGCCUCGAAAAUGCCCCCAUCAGCCCUGAAGCCGUUUCGUCAGUCGUCGGGGUGCCCCGACCGAUGUAUUUAGCGACAACGGUACCAAUCUGA